AUGGAUCUUUCAGAUAUUUGGCCAUUUAUUGGAAAAUAUUGGUGGAUAUUAUUAAUUGCCCUGAUAGCGACUUGGAUAAUUUAUAAAUUUUUACAACUGAUAUUUAUUUGUUUAAAAUAUACUGUGGGCGUUUCUUGUUUCUCUAAACGGAAACAAUUACGAAGAGCUGGUGAAUGGGCUAUUGUAACUGGUGCAUCGUCAGGAAUUGGUGAAGCGUAUGCAGAAGAACUAGCCAAAGAGGGUAUCAAUCUAAUGUUGAUUAGUAAUGAUGAACAACAAUUGCAAUCCGUCGCUGAUCGAUUGUCAAAUCAAUAUGCUGUGAAAACACGAAUUGUUGUGGCGGAUUUCACAAAAGAUGAUUUUCAUGAAGUUAUUAAACCUGAAAUUACCAAAUUAUCUACAAUUGCUUGUCUUGUUAAUAAUGUCGGUAUGGGAUUACCAUAUGGACCAUUUGCUGGAGAAGUUGAUUCACCUAAUGAACAAUCCAUUCGUAAUAUUAUUCAUUGUAACACACUGUCAACAGCACUGAUGACUAGUUUAGUUCUAUCGAAAAUGUUAACCCAAAAAGAGCUUAAUCCUGGUAUUAUUAAUAUUUCAUCUUAUGCUGGUUUAAAAAUAUUCCCUUAUGCUACAAUGUAUGCUGCCACGAAAGCAUUCACUUUACAAUUUUCCAAAUGUCUUGCAGCUGAAAAUUAUAAAAAACAAAUUACUAUACAAACAGUUUGUCCAUUGUCGAUUUCGACCAGCAUGACAAAUUUUCCAAAAACUACAUUUUUCAUACCAACAGCUAAACAAUAUGUUAAAAAUGCAUUAGAUAUGUAUGGUGUAGAAUCACAAACUUAUGGUUAUAGUCGUCAUGAAUUAAAAGCUUAUUUGUAUAAUCUACUGCCUGCAUCAGUUUGGUUACAAAUGAUGAAAAGUCGUGGUGAUGCAACACGAAAAAAUCCUUAA